AUGCGUUUCUCCGCUGUUAUCACAAGUACUCUUUUGCUGUCCAGCACUGCGCUGGCUUCCCCGGCUUCGUCGCCUGCGGGAACUCCAUCUCAGGGCAAGUCCGAGGAGGAUGAGUCCGCUUCGGCUCAAACCCCAACUGCGGAUGCUGCCACGGGUGCCACCAACUCGGCAACAUCUGCCAGCUCUUCUCCUAACGAGACGUCGUCUAACGUCAAGGCCACCGAGACUAGCGAUGAUGAUGACCAGGAUGGUGGUCUCCUAGGUGGUAUCCUCGGCGGUGGGAAGUCCAGCAGCUCUUCUGAGGCUGCCACUCCUGCCGCCAACUCUGCCAACUCUGCCAACACGGCAGCAGCUGCCAGCCCUUCCCCUAGCGAGUCGUCGUCCAGCACCAAGAGCACCGAGACCAACGAUGAUGAUGACGACCAGGAUGGUGGUCUCCUGGGUGGCGUUCUGGGCGGUGGAAAAUCCACCCAGAACACUCCCACUUCCUCCUCUGCUAAGAGCACCACGUCUCCCGGCGCAGCUGCCUCCACAGGCGCUUCUGAAACCACUGGAGACGGUCCUCUUGCUGACUUGGGGUCGUUGCUCGGUGGUGCCGGAGGUCUUCUCUCGCCUACCUUGCUCAAGGACAUCGAGUCUUUCUUCCACCACGUCGCCUACCUGCUCGACGACAAGAGCACGGAUGAGACCAAGACCUUGGUCGAGAAGGGUUACAACCUGCUGACUGAUGAGUUGACCGACGAGGUCAACAGCCUCCUGAAGAACGGCAACAACCUCUUGACGCCUAGCUUCGUGAACGACACCCAGACUUUGAUUAGCAACGUUGGACCUCUGCUCUCGCCUGACUUGUUCGAGAAGAUCAGCACGCUGCUCAACAACGGCAACGAUCUUCUCACUCAUGAGUUUGUCAAGGAGGUCAACUCGCUCAUCACGAACGGCAACAACUUGCUCACGCCCGACUUCGUCAAGGAGAUCAACAGCUUGAUCAAGACUGUCAAGCCUCUGCUUAACGACGACCUAUUCGACAAGAUUACCAAGUUGCUCGACAACGGUAACGACUUGUUGACUGCUGACUUCGUCAAGGAGGUCAACUCUCUGAUCAAGAACGGCAACGACUUGCUCACACCCGACUUCGUCAAGGAGAUCAACAGCUUGAUCAAGAACGUCCAGCCCCUCCUGAACGACGACCUGUUCGACAAGAUUACCAAGCUGCUCGACAACGGUAACGACUUGUUGACUGCUGACUUCGUCAAGGAGGUCAACUCCCUGAUCAAGAAUGGCAACAACCUGCUCACCGCGGACUUUGUCAAGGAGGUGAACUCGCUGAUCAGCAACGGCAACGAUCUCCUGACUGCCGAAUUCGUCAAGGAGGUCAACAACCUCAUCACCAACGGCAACAACCUCCUGACUGCCGAGUUCGUCAAGGAAACCAAGGGUCUUAUCGACUCCGUCGCCCCGAUCCUCACCCCCGACCUCCUCAAGGAAGUCGGCGGCCUCCUCAACAAUGCCAACAGCCUGCUUACUCCGUCCUUCGUCAACGAAACCAAGAACCUCAUCGACGCCGUCGCCCCCAUCGUCACCCCCGAACUCCUCAACGGCGUCGGUGGCCUCCUCUCCAACGCAAAGGCCCUCCUCACCUCGGACUUCGUCGACGAAACCCAGGGUCUCAUUGGCAACGCCAACUCCCUUCUCACCAAGGACUUCGUCAAAGACACCAAGGGUCUCAUCGGCGACGUCGCUCCCGUCGUCACCCCCGACCUCCUCGACAAGGUCCCCGGCCUCCUCGACUCCGCAGGCAAGCUCCUCACUGACAAGUUCGUUGACGAGACGCAGUCUCUCAUCAACACUGUCUCUCCCGCCAUCACCCCCGAUCUCCUCAAGGAUGUCAAGGGACUGCUGGGUAACGCGAAUACGCUGCUUACCCCUGGGUUCGUUAACGAGACCAAGGAUCUUAUUGGCGAGGUUUCGCCGAUUAUUACGCCCGAGAUGCUUAAGGAGGUUACUGGGUUGCUUGAUAAUGCCAAUGACUUGCUUACGCACCAGUUUGUCAACCAGACGCAGACGCUGAUUGAGGAUGCGUCGGAGUUGUUGCCGGCCGUUGUCAAGUUGUUGGGUGAUAUUUAA